UGCUCCUCCUCACUGUCCACUUAAUAUACUACACAGCUUUCAGUGCAGACAUGUCCUCCUCUCAGAGAGCAGACCUGGGCCGGGCGCUGUGCAUCAUCACCGGGGCAUCCAGGGGCUUCGGCCGGACUGUAGCGAGGGAGAUGUCUCGGUUAGUGAAGCCGGGGUCGGCGAUGGUCCUGACGGCGCGCUCCGGUGAGGACCUGCGGGCUCUGCAGGCCGAGCUGGCCGAGUCAGAGGCAGGCAGAGCCGGCCUGAAGGUGCAGUGUGUGCCGGCAGACCUGGCUCAGAUGGAGGGGCUGCUGAGUGUCGUCUCGGAAGCGGAGGCAGCUUUCUCUGAACACAUAGAUCACGUAAUACUGGUCAACAACGCUGCCUCUCUGGGGGAUGUGUCUCGUUUCACCCGCACCUUCACAGAAAUGGCAGAGGUGGACUCCUACCUGUCCCUGAAUGUGAGCUCCUGCCUGUGCCUGACGGCCCGCAUUCUCCAGGCCCUGCCCUCCCGGCCCGGGCUGCAGCGCUCCAUCAUCAACAUCACGUCGCUGUGCGCCCUGCAGCCCUUCUGCUCCUGGGCGCUGUACUGCACCGGCAAGGCGGCCCGGGAGAUGAUGUUCAGGGUGCUGGCGGCGGAGGAGCCCGACCUGCGGGUGCUCAGCUACUCCCCAGGCCCUCUGGACACGGAGAUGCAGGCGGUGGCCAGAUCCAGCACAGCUGAUCCCGACCUCAGGAAAACCUUCUCAGACAUGUUCGCUGCGGGUCAGCUGCUCACCUGCGAGGCGUCCUGUGCCAAACUGAUGAAGCUGCUUCUGGAGGACAGCUUCACAUCUGGAGCGCACAUCGACGUGUUUGGGCCAGAUCAUUGUGUGCCUUGAUUUUAAUUGAACUCUUAAUGAUUACCCAACACUUAGACUGCAUGAAUAAGUUAAUAGUUGACUUCACUGUCAAUCUCAACUCUUAAUCUUGUAGCUUUCUAUUGUUAAACUUUCCAAGUGGCAGUUGGAAAAAUCAAACUGAUAUUCAUCAAAUUCACACUCAAAACAUUCCAGUUUAGCCCUUAAAGUACAUUUAGAUGAGAGUACUUCUACUUUUACUGGAGGAACAUUUCGAAGGCAGGACUUUUACUGUGACAGAGUAUUCCUACACUCUGGUUCUUCUGCUUUUACUUCUUAUACUCACUCUUUCUUCCUUAAAUGUGUUCAGAAAUAUAUAAAAUGCCAUCUCUGCACUCCUCUCAAUGAAGAGGACAUAUCAGCUGUGUUGCGUAAUCCACUUUAAUUCAAUAUCCUCAAGAAUAAACCGUCUCAAAAAGAAGAGUAGAGACACACGUCUACAGAUAGAGCUGGUAUUGUUUCCCCCCGCUGUUUAUUGUGUGGUUCUCAGGUUGAUGUUGACCCCCAGUCUGUGCCAGAUUCAGGUUUUAAGUUUAAGCUCCCUUACCUGAUAUCUGUUUUAGUCUGUUAGUUAGAUUCUGUAAUCCUUUAGUGAACUGUGAUGAUUGCAGCCUUGGCAUUUCAACAGUUGAGAGAAAAAUAUGCACGUGAUCCACAGAAUAUUUUUCACACAUUCCUCAAUGUUUACCUCUGGCUGUUUUCCAGGCUGGUUGUGCAAACGUAACUCAGUUGUGUGUUUUUGGGUGCAUGGCAUUGCAAUCUACAAAAAUAUAGCACUCGUAUCUAUAAAGUCCCGAUCAAUGAGGUUUAAACAGUGUGUGCUGAGCCUGUAGACUCUGACGGAGGCUCUGUUGAUGUGCUGGUGGAGCUAUUGGAAGGCCCCCCCCCCCAGGGAGCAAUGAAAACCCCACAGCACAUGAACUUCAAUCCACCCCGCAGUGCUGGCAUUCCAGGGGGUCUUAACCUGUCCCACAAAGACCAAGGAAGAAGACGUCCGACCACCGGAGCACAUGUUGUACAAUGACCAGUAAAAGUGACGCUGAGUCGGCUUAAUGCCCCCCCCCCCCCCCAAGGAGACCAAAAAUAAAAAGCUUUUAAAAUCAA